GACUUUGUUGACUCGAAUUGAUGGGUCCUUCUCAAACAAAUUCUAGAACAGACCUAUCAACAAGAAUUAUCCAUUUCACAUGCAGCAGCAACCUACGUGUCACAGUACCCGUUGCCACCUGUCCCACAUGAACUCCAACAGUUGCCACAUAACAUCAGAAAUGAAACCAACACGUAACCAAAACCCCCAUGCACCAAAUAUAAAACCAUACUUUCAUGUACAAUUUCAAAAACCACACAGUCAAAAAGAUCACAGCAAAGGAGCAAAAAGAAAAAGAAAAAGCAAAACCCAAUGGAGGUUCAUGGGAAGCAGCAGGCCUCAGGCACCAAGGUGGUCUUGGCAGCCAUGGGAGGCUUGGCAAUUGGAGGGUCGCUUGUGUUCUUGAUGGGUUUCAGUUUCUUGGCCUCACUGACGCUUCUGGUUUUGAGCUCACCGCUUCUGUUGAUCUUCAGCCCUUUGCUGUUUUUUGCUGGGUUUGUGUUUGUGGGAGCAGUGGUUGGGUUUGCUGUGGCUGGAGCCAUGGCCCUCACAGGCAUGUCUACUUUGGGGUGGAUUUUUCAGGAGCUAGGAGGCACAAGUCUUUUGGGAUUUGGUGGUGGUCUGGCCGAGAGAUUGAAGGAACAAGGAAAAGAUUGGGCUGGGUUCUUGCAGCAUGGGAAUGAGCAAGGCAUCAAGAUCGCUCGUAGAGGCCAGAACUUAUUAGUUGUGUAGAUAGCUGUGUGUUGGUUUUCUUUGUCCCUGUAAAAGUUGCUCCAAAUUCAGUAAGAUAUAUUCUCAGUGUUGAGUAAUAAUAAAUGGAAUGAUUAACAAUUUUCAUGGGAUGAUUGGAAAUGAACACCCCACAAAACUGAUUGGAAAAACGAACCCUAUACUGCAUAGAAUAUGGCCACUUAUAAGAUGGUUCUAGAUAUCUGUAAUAUCCUCUAAUUUCAAGACAUGGAUUUAGUUUCAAGACAUGAAUUUAGUCAAGUCGGUUUUGACUAGAGUAUUAAAGUAUAAUAUUA